UGCUUCUGUUGCAGGGAUUCGUGCUAAGAGUUUCGGUCAAGGAGUGAAACAUACAAUAUGCACCAGACAGUGUGACGAGAAAGAGGAUAGUCAGUUUCUUUGGGUCUGUUCCCACGUCAUCAUAAUUGGUCACGUGGAUUAUGUAUGAAACCUCCAAACUGUGUGUCCGACCUUAGAAUUUCCAAUCACCCAUCUACAAGUUUAUUCUCUUGGCAAUUUUUGCGCUUUAUUUUUUUUUUUUUUUUGCGAACGAACCAUCUGAGAUUUUCUAGACAACACAGUCGAGGUUGAGGUUGUUUGAAUUUAUUAAUCACAAAAAUAUAUGUUUUUUGCUCAUGAUUUCGACCGUUAGUUUCUCAUAAUAAUAAUAAUAAUAACUUACUUUCACCGAGCGGUGAUAUCGUGUUGACAUUCCCUGGGUUAGCUUUGUCUAGACAAGCGUCCCAAUACAGCCAUGUCUUACUUUCGUCACAGCUUCACGCUGCCUCGACCACUGCGAAAAUCCAAAAUGGACACCCUGGGGAAAGAUUGUGAAUCUCAGACACUUCAGCGACAUUCGACAUUGUCCAAGUCCGAGCUAACCCUCUACACCAGUCCCUCGAAUGGUUCGGCUUAUUACGGACUCGAUAACUUAGAAGAUUACUAUUCCCAAGAGAAGAGCAGUUAUUUUCCAGACUUCUACGGUGGUUAUUCCGUCCCUCCAUGUGAAGCUCCCAGCGAUAGCCAUUCGGACUACGAGAGUGCAGCCAGUGAGAGUGUUAGCCAUUCAGAGCUGGAGAGUGUUUCUCUCGCUAGCACUACCGCCACGAGCACUAGUAGUGGCAGCGGGAAAUUCAGUAGCGGAUCUCACGAAGCUAUCGCAGACGGCCGUUUGACCACCCCUGACGAGGACUCCGGAAAAUCUCCAUUUCCGUCUGUCAACAAGAACCAGGAAACGGAGUUAUUUAGUGAAGGUGUACUAGAUGUCCAUUGCUGCUACGAUCAGAGUUCGGGAGGUUCCACAUACCGACUAAACCUGAAUUGUUGUGACCAAAUGGAACCCUUAUGGGAAUGUGGCGACGAUGUCCAGUUUCGACCACGAAAAGGAACCAUCUGGUUUGACCGGAAAUUGCGUCAUAAAUCGUGUCCUUUAUUUCAGGCCCAUAUGGUGGCAGCAUUCGAACAAAGCCUUACGAACAUGACAGGCAGGCUUCAGCAUCUCACAGCGUCAGCAGAGCAGAAGGACACGGAGCUUGGUGAAUUGCGAAACACUAUUGAGGCCCUAAAAAAGCAAAGUGCAGAAGCUGGACUUACAAAGAUGGCGCUGCAAUCAAUGCAAGCAGUUCAAAGAACCAUGCAGAGUAAGAUGUCAAGGCAGAUGUCCACAGAUUCCGUAUCAAGUGUUAACUCCCAGUCAAGUGCUUGCAGUGGUACGAGUGGGAGUUCUAUGAAAUCUGACAUUUCUGGAAUUAAAGGAAAGAAGAACAAGAAAGGCUGGUUACGCAGUUCAUUCAGUAAGGCUUUUUCUCGAAGCAAGAAGAACAAAAAUGGGUCGGUAUCAGACGUGGAAGACUCGAAACAUAUCCAGUCAGAUUCUUCAACUCCAAAUUCACCAUUACUAGGUCCUCAUCCAAUGAGUAAUGGUGUUUUAGGACAGCCGUUAAAAUCAUCUCACUCCUCGUCAGCAAUUUAUGAAAAGGAUGAAGAGAAUGCUCCGGAAGUUGUCAAAGACCUAAAGAAGCAGCUACGGGAAAAAGAUAUGAUUCUUACAGAUAUUAGGCUUGAAGCUCUAACGUCGGCUCAUCAGCUCGAGAGCUUGAAAGAUACAGUUAAUAAGAUGAAGGCAGAGAUGGUGAACCUCAAACAAGACAAUGAACGACUGCAACGACUUGUGGUCAGUAAAUCUUUAAACUCAUCUCAGAGCUCAGAACCAUUCAGGACAAGUUUGGAGAGUCUAGAGAAAAGAUUAAGUGCUCCAGAAUACUCGAGCACUCCUAAUGUCGAUAUGUAUCUCACUGAUGCAGCAAUAGACAGAGAAGGAAAGCGAGUCGUCAUCUCAACGUACUUAUGUUGCCAUGGUGAUUAUCGCAAAGUUACUACACUGCCAGAGCUUCCACAAGAAGUGAUCAUAGGAUCUGUUUCUGUGAGUGGAAGGACCAAAUGGGACUUGCUGGAUAACAUAGUCAAAAAAGCAUUUAAGGAAUACGUCUUCAGGCUGGACCCUGUUUCCAACUUAGGCUUAAAUGCGGAAAGCGUUCUCAGUUACCACAUUAACAAUGUUUUGCGUUCAAAAGAUGUGGAUAUUCCAGAUUUGUUGCCAUACGGCUACCUGGUGGGAGAAAAUAUACAAAUACACAUCACUCAUUAUAAUAAACUGAUGAGUGGUAAGGAGUUGAGUCCAGGUGCUGUAGCAACUUUUAACGUGGACCACAAGUCAGCCAAAGAACUCCGACAGUAUUUAUUUAACAUAGCAGAACAGUGUGAGAGCAGCAAGAGUUCAGACCUUCCAACCGUGAUUAUCCUGGACAAUCUCCAUCAUGUUGGCUCUCUUGGUGAAGUUUUUAAUGGUUUCCUCUGUGUCAAGUAUCAGAACAGUCCAUACAUCAUUGGGACGAUGAAUCAAACCACCUGCUCAACCACCAACCUCCAGUUACACCACAAUUUCAGGUGGGUCCUGUGUGCAAACCAUAUGGAACCAGUCAAGGGAUUUCUGGGAAGAUUUCUCCGCAGGAAGUUAGUAGAAACAGAAGUGACUAGUGGAAUACGAAACCCCGAUCUUGUCAAAAUCAUUGACUGGAUUCCAGAAGUGUGGAUUCAUCUGAAUACUUUUCUAGAAACUCAUAGUUCCUCUGAUGUUACCAUUGGUCCAAGAUUGUUUCUCUCGUGUCCAAUAGAUGUCUCUAGCUCUCAAGUAUGGUUUACAGACUUGUGGAAUUACAGUAUUGUCCCGUAUAUCAUGGAAGCUGUACGAGAAGGAUUGCAGCUUUAUGGUCGUAGAGCCCCGUGGGAAGAUCCGACUGAAUGGGUCCAAGAAUCGUACCCCUGGCCAUCGGUAGGUGAGCCUGACUGGCCCCAGUUACUGCAUCUUCGUCCUGAAGAUGUUGGUUACGAAGGUCAUCCUGUUCCCAGUGUAGAAACAAAAAUGACUACUCCAUCACACAGCGACUUGGAAGCAGAUCCUUUGCUCAACAUGUUGAUGAGACUUCGGGAGGCAGCAAGCUAUUCCAGCCCUAAUAACAGUGAUAACAAUGAUGGAGUUAGGACUGAAGACCUGCUGAACACAGAAGUGGAGUCUACUUUGUGAUAUUUUGUUUUAUGUGGAAAAUAACAUUAACACAACAAGUCUUAAUAUGGUAUCUACAUCGGUCAUCUUUAGUUUUUCCUAUGUCAAAAUAACGUAUGAGUAAGCUUUAACCAGUUUCUUUCAUAUGAGCAUUGGUAAGCAAACAAUAAUGCCAGUUUAUCAAGAGAAUUAAAUGUUUAUUAUAUUAAGUGAUAACAAAAAGUGGAAGGAAAUAAUAUUUAGGAUAUUUGACAUAUCUUUUCAAAAUGUCUGGCUUUGAGAUUUGUUUUGUUAAUUAUUUUAAUUUAGUUUAGAGGAUUGACCAGCCGAGAACAGGUCCUAUGUUGUCCCAAAACAUUGCGUUAACCUAAUAUUUAUUUUCUUUUUUAAAACUUUUUAAUAGCUUGAUUUUCUACACCUGGCGUGCAACCACAACAAAACGCUAAUUGGAUUAUGUGGUUGAUUCGUCCAUCUAACAGUUAAAAUACCUUUACAUUAACACUAUCUCAUUGCAAAGUUUGUUUAUUAUGUUUUUUUUUAUGAAAAGCAGGAAACAGCCGUUUGUUUAUUAUGGUUUUUUAUGAAAAGCUGGAAACAUCCAUUUUUCUGCACCACUACAUAUUGUGAAGAGUGUGAGCAUAAGUCCUUUAAACCAAAAAUGAAUAUAUUUCUUCUGAAAUUAAAGAGUAUUACGUAACACAGUGAUAUAUAUUUCGAUUUGUUUAUCAUUGUUACACCUUUGAGGUGUAGUGAGGUUUAUCACUAGUUGAAUGUUGUAAAUAAUUUUAUACAAACUUUUUUUUUACACAAGCAUACGUUAAAUGCUUUAUUUUUAAAAUUUAAACUUAGAUUUUAAAGUGCUUUCUGGAAGUAAUGAAAGUGUUACAUGAAUAGAGCAGGCAUACAUACAGUUGUAUAGUAAUUAUAGAAAAUUUGAUUUUUUUUAACGUAUAACAUUUUCUAUAUUACAAAGUAGCUAUUUUAAAAGCUUUGUUAACCAUUCAAGAAAGGAAAAACUGUAUUGGAUUUAAAUGGAGCUCCCAAAAACUGAAAUAUCCUCAAAAUAAUUAAUCAAGUCCAACAAUAUAUCUUGGAAAUUUUC